GCAGCCUCCCCAUGGUCCUGGAAGGUCUAGGUCACAAAGGCCAUUUAGGGUCUAUCCAGAGGAGGUAUGUCCAAGGCUGCCCCGCGAGGCGCUCGCCCCCGCAGCCGCCCGCUGGGCCGGGCCUGGGCCCCCCUCUGAUACUUAGCCCAGUGACUGGGCCUCGGAUAGCACAGAGCCUUGGCACCAAUGUGUGUCAUCUGCUUCGUGAAGGCGCUGGUACACGUGUUCAAGAUCUAUCUGACUGCGAACUACACCUACAACUUCCGCAACUGGCCAGUGGACUUUCGCUGGGAUGACGUGCACGUCGCAGGCAGUGGUCACCGCGCACUGACGUGUGCUGCAGCAGCAGCGGGUGUUUGGCUACUGCGUGACGCGGCACUGGGCGGGGAUGUGCAGGGGCGCCCUCCGCAUGGGGCUCGAAGCCAGACACAGUGCCUCCUACAGCAGAUCCGGGAGCUGCCAGGGCAGCUCGCCAGUUACGCGCUGGCUCACUCACUAGGCCGCUGGCUCGUGUAUCCAGGCUCCAUGUUCCUGAUGACACGCGCACUGCUGCCGCUACUACAGCAGGGCCAAGAGCGCCUCGUGGAGCGCUACCAUGGCCGGCGCGCCAAGCUGGUUGCCUGUGAUGGCAAUGAGAUAGACACCAUGUUCAUGGAUCGCCGCCAGCAACCUGGUAGCCAGGGCCAUGGCCUGCGCCUGGUCAUUUGCUGCGAAGGCAACGCGGGCUUUUAUGAGAUGGGCUGCCUGUCAGCGCCACUUGAGGCCGGCUACUCUGUGUUGGGGUGGAACCACCCUGGCUUUGGCGGCAGCACAGGCGCGCCCUUCCCGCAGCACGAUGCCAACGCCAUGGAUGUGGUGGUGAAGUACGCACUGCACCGCUUGCACUUCCCGCCCAAACACGUGGUGGUCUAUGGCUGGUCUAUCGGUGGCUUUACAGCUACCUGGGCCACCAUGACUUACCCAGAGCUGGGUGCACUGGUGUUGGAUGCCACCUUUGAUGAUCUUGUGCCACUUGCCCUGAAAGUCAUGCCCCACAGCUGGAAGGGACUGGUGGUACGAACAGUGCGGGAGCACUUCAACCUCAAUGUUGCAGAGCAGCUGUGCUGCUACCCUGGCCCAGUGCUGCUGCUCCGACGAACGCAGGAUGAUGUGGUCAGCACCUCAAGCCACCUGCCCACCCUGCCACCCAGCGACGUGGAGGGCAACCGUGGUAAUGAGCUGCUUUUGCGCCUGCUGCAGCACCGAUACCCAGCUGUGAUGGAACGUGAGGGCCGGGCUGUUGUGACCCGCUGGCUUCGAGCCAGCAGCCUGGCACAGGAGGCGGCUUUCUAUGCUCGCUACCGUGUAGAUGAUGAGUGGUGCCUGGCAACACUGCGUUCUUACCGUGAUUGCUGCCAGGAGGAGCUGGAGGACCAGGACUGGGGGCCACAUGGGCCUACUUUCCCCUGGCUUGUGGGCCAAGGUCUCAGCCCACAGCGGCGCCGGCAGCUGGCACUAUUUCUGGCACGCAAGCACCUCAAGAAUGUGGAGGCGACUCACUGCAGCCCACUGGAUCCCAAGGACUUCCAGUUGCCCUGGGAACUGUAGCGCAUGGCCCCCAAGGCUGAUGCAUUUGGGUACCUGUACACCUUCCAGGCCUUAGGACCGUUCCCCUUCUACACUCCCAACCAGAGAAGGUGGUCCUGCAGGGAGUCCUGACCUGGAGUCUGGGGAGGUUGGGUAGUAUGUGUGGAGCAUGCUUACCAUUCCCUGGGGUGUUCAGACCUUCCCUCUGUUUUUCUAUACCUCCCUCUUUCCUCUCUCUUCCACAAACAAUUUUGGACACAUGUCCCAGUUCCCAAAAGGAAUGCAAUGGUGAACCUGACCCAAUUUAUGGCAAUGCUGUGUAAUGGGUGCCUGUCAUUGCAAAAGACUGUCAGGAACAGGCUCUGGGGCCACAGAGAGGCACCCUUAACCUGGCCUUGGUUUUGGGGAUGGUUCCUGAGAAGAGGAUGUCCACUCAGUGAUUAAGUGUACAAGUUGUCCCUAGCUGUGAAAGGACAUUGGCAUUGCAUGGCGACAAUGUCUCAGCAGGUAGACAUUUUUAGUUGCUUUGCAGGGCUGCCUUCCCACCUCCACAUUCUGUGGGAGACAGCUCUUGGAGACUGCAGACUUGGAGUAAUUUGGCACAGGAUGGCACAGGGCCUAGAGAUAGCUGCACUGACUACUCAUUGCUGGGCCUACUCUCGGGCCAGGCUUGGACUUUGUUCAUGGCUCAGGGAUGCAACACAGAAUGUGAGAAGGCUUCUGCUCACUACUACGUCUAAUGUAGUGGCUUCCUCAAGCAGGGAGUGUUGGCUGUCCCUGUCAUCCCCAGCCUCUUGUGGACAGAGGCUGGCCAGGUUGGAUUGAAUAAGGUGGCAAGUGGGAUGAUGUAUUAUUGGGCACCCCUCAACAAGAUAUUAUCAUA